AUGUGCAGAGACAGGAGUGCAGAGUCUGGGUGUCACUGUGAAGAGACGGCAGACAUGCAUGGGGCAACCACUCUCAGUGCCUGCGCUGGUAAGGAGGACACGGGAGAUAAGGAGGAGGAGGGGGGGGUGCUUCUGGAACAGGAGCAGCACCAGCAGCUACAGUGCCUAUCUGUGUGUGCAGUUUGCAGUGACGCAGGGUGGGUGGAACAGGUUGAGCGAAAGGGGCACAGAGGAGCAGUCGUACAGGAGAAAAAGGAUGCCCAGGGCGAUGGGGAAGGGCGACGUGAGGCGAUGGAGGAAAAGGCGGACCAAGCCGGCAGCACUACUGGAAGCAGUGGCAGAUGGGGCAGCAGCGGCAGCAGUGGCAGCAGUGGCAGCAGCGGUGCGAGGGAGGGAGUAGAUGUGCAGCCAGUAGCAUCUCAGCUGGAAUCUCCUGCGCCGCCUCCCUCAGUCCAUGUGGUGCUGAUAUCCGCACGCCCCAUCGUGCGCCGGUUCCACGUGGCCAUCAACCACUCGCGUGUGGCCGCCUUCUCCCUCUGGCGCCCCACGUCUCUUCAGAACCGUGCACUGCUUCCGCUGGUGCCCAUGCGGCACCUCUCGCUUUCAACCAAUUCCACCGCUCUCCACCACCUCACAUGGAAAGCCGGCUUGCCAGUGCAGCAGCAGCAGCCUGGAAAGAGCUUUGAUGCUAGCCAUACAGUUCCGGCAAGCAGUAGUGCUAAUGGCAUGGAGGGUGUCAGCCGUUUUAAGCUUCGCCCCACUGCCCUGCUUGUGCUCCACAUGCGGGAGGGAGUUGCGGGAAACCCAGGAGGCCAGGAUGAUGGAAAUUCCGGGAGGCCGCUUGUGACUGUGAGAGGGGAUGUGAGCCUUGAAGAUGGCGAUGCCCAUGAGAAGGAAAGCUCUGACGGGGGAGUCGAAUUGAGCUUGAAAAAGGUUGUCGAUUCUAUGCCUCCGUACGCGAGCAUGUUUUCUAAGAGCUCCUUUCCGUUCCCCUUCGCAUUCGUGCAUAGCUUUCUUGGUGCGUUGGAACUCGCAGGACGCAACGGAAAUUUGUCAUCAGACGGUGCUCCCUGUCCCCGAGUAGCUCCAGGUCUCUCCUUCUCACGUAUCAUUUUGCACGAGGUUGACUCGGCCAUGGCUGCUGGAAACUCGUUAGUGACUCCUGUGCUGGAGAAGUUUGCGAAGCUGAAGGACGCGGAAGGGGAGUAUCUCACCGUUAACUUCCUCGACAUUUGUCGUCUGAUCCUGCCCAUCGUAGAUAAAUUCGGGACUGCAAUGUCUAUCAUAAAGACCGACAUUAAUGGAAACAUCUCGCGGUUGCAAAAGGCCUACGAUGGUGACAAGGAGAGCUACAUCAGGUUAUACGAGUUGGUCCGGAAGGAGGUCGCCACAGGCAAGCCCUUGGACCCAAACGGGAAUACAAGUGGACUUUUUUGGCUCACACGUGCUCUUGAUUUUGUGAUACACAUGGUGGAUGGGUUGGAGCAACAUACGGACUGGACGGUGUCUCACGCUGCCACUGUUGCAUACGAGACACGGCUAAAGAAGUAUCAUGGCUGGAUAACUCAGCAGGCUUUCGCAGUUGUGCUGAAGUUCUGCCCGGAGCGUUCAUACUUUUAUAAACAACUGGGUGAUGACAGUGUACAUGGGGAGCUUCAGGAGCUAGUAGCCAAGUUCGAGCCCAUCUGCAAAGAGCUAGACGAGUUUCUGGCAGCAAAUGGAGCAGGCUCUCUUGUGGCAAAAUAA